UCUUAGGUUGAAACCCUAGGGUUUUUCCUGAUCUGCGGAAAGAGAGCAUCUCAUCGCAUUUUGUUGUGCUUCUCUCUCAGAUCUUGAAGAUGUAUACAUCAAUGAAAAAGAUCCACAAAGAUAAGGAUGUUGAACCAACAGAAUUUGAGGAAUCAGUUGCCCAGGCAUUCUUCGAUUUGGAGAAUACCAACCAGGAUCUGAAAAGUGACCUCAAGGAUCUCUACAUUAAUUCAGCAGUCCAAAUUGAUGUGUCUGGGAGCCGGAAAGCUGUUGUUAUCCAUGUCCCGUACCGGUUGAGGAAAGCUUUUCGCAAGGUUCAUGUUAAGCUUGUGAGGGAGCUUGAAAAGAAGUUCAGUGGAAAGGAUGUGAUUCUUAUUGCUACCCGGAGGAUAUUGAGGCCCCCAAAGAAAGGUUCUGCUGUUCAGAGGCCUCGCAGCCGCACAUUGACUGCUGUACAUGAGGCAAUGCUGGAAGAUAUUGUCUUACCCGCUGAGAUUGUUGGGAAGCGCACUAGAUAUGCAAUUGAUGGAUCAAAGUUAAUGAAGGUGUUUUUGGACCCCAAGGAACGAAACAACACCGAGUAUAAGCUCGAGACCUUUUCUGCAGUUUACCGGAAGCUUGCUGGGAAGGAUGUUGUGUUUGAGUUCCCUGUUACAGAGGCAUAGAUAAGUCCUUUUACAAGUGUUGUGACAUCUUUCUGAUCUUAUUUCAUUUCUUGUUUUCCCUUAGAAAAUCUGCAUUUUUGUUAUUUAAAAUUCGACAUUAUUGAGUUGCCUGAACAAGCAGAGAUAUAUAAGUAUCAUGAUGGAUUUUAUUUUAUUUUCUUUGAUAAUGCGGUAUGUCAUUUAAUGUAGGGAUAUUAUGAUUUUAUUAAAAUGUUUUUUGUUGGCUCCAAA